CCGAGCCCACCAUGCCGCGCGGCGUGGGCGUGGGGGGCUUCUGGGCGCUGCUGUCUUGCGGCCUCGCGGCUCUGUGCGCCCUGGGCCUGCUGUCGCCGGCGUGGAUCGUGCCGCCCGCUCCCCGCGGCUCCCUGGCGGCCCCCCCGCCGCCCCUGGGCCUGCUGGGCCCCUGCCUGGCCCCCGCCCCGCGGCCCUGCGCCCCCUUCGCCCUCGGGGGCCUGCGGAGCUUCGGCGACAUCCCGGCCGGCGCCUGGCAGACCAGCACCGUCCUGUGCUCGGGAGGCUGCGCGCUGCUGGCCCUCAGCGCCCUGCUGGCCGUCUCCUCCGUCUUCCUCCCCGGCGGGCCCCUAGAGAGGCGAGUCUGCUCCCUGGCCGGAUACGUGCAGAUGGCGGCAGUGUUCAUCAUGGCCGCGGGGCUCCUGGUCUACCCGCUGGGCCUCGGCUCGGCGUCCGCGAAGGACUCGUGUGAGAACGCCGGCGUCUACCACGCCGGGAGCUGCCAGAUCGGCUGGGGCUACACGCUGGCCAUCGUGGGGGUCAUGCUGGCGGGAUUCUUGCCCUUCUUUGCAAAAUACGCACCCAAAGAGCACAUCUUGUCCACCCCGAUGCCCGCCAUUUUGUAGCCUUCGUUCCAGCAGAAGACAUCUCAUCGAACGCAGACGGGCAGGAAGUAGAGGACUAUCUUUUUUUGUCUUUUUGUCAUAACGCUAAAGCAACAAACGGCCGUGGCGGAAGCCAGGCGCAUUUCCCGGCGGCCCAGACCGCCCCGAUCGUCUUCCAUCAGCACGAGUGCCUCCGUCUGGGGUCGCCACGGAAUCCACAAGAAUCCGAGGAGCUUCUGCCCUCGCCGGGCAGCUGCCAGCCUCCAGGUUGGGCAGGCCCACGCCCGAGAGCGCCGUCUACCUCCCAGUUUCCUUCAUGUCACAAACACAGUCGAUCUUUUAAAAAAUGAUUCCUUUUCGUGGGUGAUUAGGUAUUAAAUUCUUCCACAGACCCAGUGACAACCACCAUCAGGGGGCCCGUCCUGUCCGAGAAUAAAUUCUGCCGGUAGCUGAAAGGGCACCAGCGUCGCCCAGAAAAAGGCACCCUCGGUAUCGCACGGCCCGUGGAGUCUGAAGAAUACGGACUACGGCUCUUUCUUUCCCGGGCCUUAGAGCCUGGAGGCCAGCCGGUCAUCUCCCGGAGGAGGAACCAGCGUCCUCGGUGAGGGCAAGGGCCCGGCCCAAGAAGGCAAAGCCCAGGGCUGCUGACUUCAUAAUCAAGCUUCUUCCCAUUGUGUUGUGAUGUUUUCCAAUCGGUUCAUUUGAAAUUUUCCUUACAAAGACUUUGCGAGGAACACCCCUAGGUUCAACACGGGCAUUAAGAACAAGAGGGAACGGCCAGACUUGGCUGGCGACAUUUAGAUUUGCUUGGAAUCAGCCUGGCAGGUAGCGGGACCAGCAGGGCUGCCGUUCGCAAGCGCCGGGGGAGCUUUUCUACAAAUCCAACGUCUUCCUGCUAGUGUUAAAGCACUGGCUUCUGCACACCUGUGCUGACCGCCGAGUGUGAGUGCGUGUGAGCGUGUGUGAGCGCGAGUGCGUGAGCGCGAGUGCGUGGGAUAGCUACAUUAUCCAAUCUCAAGAAAUCUUAAGCACUGGGGGGGGGGGGGAGGGGGUCUGGUCUUUGUACGGAAUCACGUUGGUUUUUCUGCUGCAGGAGAGUCCAAUGCACACACACACACACACACACACAC